CUCGAUGGACCUCCCUCCCCCCUCCACUGAGCAGGACACCUCGAUGGACCUCCCUCCCCCCUCCACUGAGCAGGACGCCUCCAUGGACCUUCCUCCCCCCUCCUCUGAGCAGGCCCAGGAUGUUUCCCACGUGUUGGCAAGCAUUUUUAAAGAUGCUUACACUAAAGAAGUCAUUGGGAGAGACACUGUUUCCAAUCUGUCCAAGACCAAAAGGGGCAUAAGUGACUACCAUGAGGAAUACGUUGAAGAGCUUGAACAGAUCCACAGGGAGUACGGCCAGCGUAUGGAACAGAACGAUAUGCUGGAAAGGCACCUCCUGCAGGCCAGAGUCCGGGCCUCAGAGUCCCAGGACAAGGCCCGCCUGCUUGGAGGGGAGGGGGGUCUGUACAAUGGGCUGGGACUCCCUUCAGCAGUCAGGUCCACCUUGGUAUGGUGCGUGGACAACCACCUUCUGAAGGCCAACCACCUGAUUGGUCCUCAGGACUACCAUCCGAGACAGGGCCAGCCCAGCCGGGCGCCGGAAGUGAAGCCCUGCCUGGACUAUGCCAAGCCCACCUUCAGCCACAGCAUGCAUGUGUGCAGAGAGCCCAAGGAGGAGGGCCAUGCGGCUCUGAGCAGGCCCAGGGCCCAGCCUGGCUCCGUCCCUCAGGAGGGGUCAGAACGCAGCGGGACCCUGGAGUCCAGCUUGGACCUCGUGGACCUGAAGAGGAAAAGUCAUUCUGUGCAGAGCUCCCGGGGAUCGGAGCAGAGUCCUUCCGAGGCCAAGCGGGUCAUGCCGUUGAGUGGCAGGAAUCUAGCGGAGGAUUUGGACGGGUUGAGGAAACUCAAAGAGCGGCAGAACUUCCUGCGCAACCCCCGGUUCCUUCCCCCGCAUAUGAACUCUCUGGUCCGACCCCGGAGCAGGGCAGAGACAGGGCCGCUGCAGGGAGACUCGACACUGAGCCCGCUGAGCACCACAGAUGAGUCCGUUCCAGUAUUUCAAGCCUACCCCCGAGUGGUGCUCUUCACUGAAUACACUGUGGGCCAGGUGUACGAGACCUCAGUGGAGUUGAAGAACCUGACAGCCAGCUGCCGUCACGUCAGAGUGCUCCCUCCCACCACAAGCUACUUCUCCAUCGGCCUCGGCCGGUUUCCUGGCGAGGGCGGCAUGGUUGCCCCGGGGAUGAGCUGUAAAUACAUGGUCCGCUUCGCCCCCGACUCCCUGGGGGACUACGAGGACUGCCUGGUGGUGGAGACCCAGGCCCCCUACCCCAUGGUGGUGCCCCUGGUGGCCCGGCGCCCCCCCCCCAUACUGACCUUGCCCCGGGUCCUGGACUGUGGCUACAGCCUGGUGGGGGCGCUGAAGUUUGUGGAGUACCUGUGCUGUAACGAAGGCCUCAGCGCCGGAACCUUCUGCGUCAUCCCCAGGAGCCAGUGGCCAGCCUCUAACCUGAGGUCUGUGGUGAUGACCAGCUUUGCAGAGGAACCUCCGUUUGCUGUCGGUCCUUCAUUGUUUCAGCUCCAACCCGGCCAGGCCACUGUGCUGGAGGUGGUCUUCUUCCCGACGGCUGCUGAGAGCUACAGCCAGGACUUCACGGUGGUGUGUGACAACUGCCAGGUGAAGGAUAUCACGGUUCAGGGCGAGGGGCAGACCAUCGCCCUGGAGUUGAUAUCCGUGUCUGGUGAGAACACACUUCCUGUUGUGGGGGAGGCGCAGGACCUGUCAGCGGAGCACUUUGUGCGCUUCCCUUCAUGUCACCCCCAGUGUGUGGAGCGCAGGGCGGUCAUCAUCAGGAACAACACCGACCUGGAUCUCCCCUUCUUCUGGCAGAUCAUGAGGCCCAACCUGCAGUGGCUGCUCCCAGGAGAGGAGGCCAACCCCGACCGCAUCCUCUUCCACCCGGCCGCAGACCUCGUGUUCAACGUCAGCCCCCUGAUUGGCUGCCUUGCUCCUCGCCUGGACCAGGAGUUUGAAUUCACUUACCUUCCCAAGGAAUUGAAGGACCACCACAGUGUGUGUCAGCUGGUGGUCCGGGACGUUCCCCAGAGUCCCAAAGAGUCCAGUGACAACGGGGCCCCAAAGAUCAGCGACGUGAUCGUCAUGGAGAUCGAGGUUAAGGGGUCGACGGAGCCCUACCACUUGCGCCUGGAGCCCUGCGCCAUCGUCCAUCCUGGGGAGCUGUUCAUGGGCACCCCGACUCGCAUGGGACUCAAGAUGUGGAACCACAGUAAAUCCAGUGUCCUCUUUCACUGGAAGAGAAUGGACGACAGUCACACACUGGAGGUGGAGCCCUGCAGGGGUGAACUAGAGGUGGAGUCGUGUGUGGAGCUGGAUCUGGUGGUGACGGGGGGGAGACCGGGGAGGCUGGUCACCAGCCUGCUGUGCCACAUAGAGCACCAGCAGCAGCCUCUCCGCCUGCCCGUAGAGGUCUGCUUCAAGGGCCCAAGUCUGACCCUCAGUGAGCCCAGCCUGGACCUUGGGCUCCUGAGGUUGGGGGAGGAGAGCCGCACCACCGUCCUCCUAAACAACACCUCCCCCCUGGAGGCCUUCUGGAGCCUGGAUGGGGGCGGCCCUGGAGGAACAGAAGACCAGCCCCCACAGCUGGUGGUGGAGCCGUGCAGAGGGCUGCUGGCCCCUCAGGCGUCCUGCAGUGUCGAGGUGGUGUUCAGAGGGCGGGCCUGCAGACACUUCGAGGCCCUGCUGGAGCUGAGCGUAGAGCAGGGCUCUGGAUGUUACCUGUCAGUGCAGGCAGACGUCCAGACCCCCCAGGUGUGUCUGGUGAGCCCUGAGCUUGCCUUCUCUGAGAUCUACAUGGGGGUCCCCGCCAGGGGGGUCGUGGUCCUGUUCAACCAGACCCUGCUGCCCGCCCACUUCACCUGGAUGCCCCAACUGCAGGGGAAGCAGUCGGCCCUGUGCACCGCCAGUUUCCAGCCCCCCUCCGGGACGUUGGCCCCUCACGCCACCCUGGAGGUCACGGCUGAGUUCACCACACACACGGAAUCAGAGGUGAGGGGUGUGACAGCUCUGUGCCGUGUCCUUGGAAUGGAUCUCCCCGUGGUCUUGGGCUUCAUCUCCAAAGCCAAGCCGCUCUCCGUGUCCUACUCUGUCCCCGGCCAGAGCUCCUCCUCUCCAGACGGGCACGCUGCCCCACUGCUGCUGGACUUUGGAGACGAUAUGGUCCUGAGGAGAGAGGUCACCCUGCAGAUGGCCAUCACCAACCACUCUGCCAUUGCCGCCCCCUUCAAGGUAGAGGCCCGGUACUUUAAGGCUCAUGCUCCUGCGUCCUCAGGAUCCAACAGCCAAUCACAGAAAGGCUUCAAGUACCGAAAGAAGCCGCUCCACUCCGUCCAGGCCAGGAAGCUGGAGCUGAAAGCCCACGAGGACCUCACAGAGGACCUGCUGAGCGGUGGGAGGGGUGCGGUGUUCCUAGCCCGACCCAGCUCCGGGACGCUGGCGUCGUUUGAGACCCGGCUGUUGGACGUCACGGCGUACAGCGACGCGUGGGGCCACUACCGGGACCACCUGGUCUGUACGGUAGGCGGUCUGCGGCCCCGACUCAUCCCCGUCCAGAUGCGUGUCAGCGGCUGUCCGCUGUACUUCCAGAUGUCCGGGCCGCGCCCUGAAGACCAGCACCAGGGGCCCACAUUGCAGUUUGGUACUCACCUGUCGGGGGGAGACACAGUUUCCCGCUGUCUUCGUAUCAUCAACCCCAGCCCAUAUGACGUCCGCCUGGACUGGGAGACCUACAACGUGGAUGCCCAGAACUUGGACCCCCACAAUGUGGACCCCCAGCGGGAGCGGAAGCUUCUGGACAUGGUGGUGGCCUACGGAGACUCCUUCCCCCUUAAGGAUGCCGACGGCAACCAGCUUGUGGGCGGGGCCUUGGCCCUCCCUAACAACAACGUCCAAUCUCUGUGGCAGAGAGAGCACACGCCAAGCUCUGAGCGAACAAGCUCCUCCCUCCAGAGUGAGCCUGAUGUAGUUGGUGACCACUCCCCGACCACAGAGGAAGCAGUGGUGGGAAAGGAGGAAGAGGAGGAGGAAGAGGGGGCUUGCUCUCCACAGCGGCAAAAGAGGAAGCUCUUCUCCGUCUACAUCCGGCCACAUAAAGGCAUCCUCUCCGACUACCCAUACUGCAUCACUCCACAGCAAGUGGUGGUCCCGGCCAAGGGGAGCGCUACCGUCCAUGUCGCCUUCACCCCCCUGAGCCUGUCGUGGGACCUCGGCCAGGCCACCUGCCGGGGCCUGGCCCUGGGCUUCAUGAGUCUGGAGCCUAGGGCGGCGUGUGUCCCAGGUAAGGUUCAGAGGGCCCAGGGUCUGGACCUGGAGCCUGUGAGGGUGGAUCUGCAGGCAGUGGUCAGGGCGGCGCUACUCUCGGUGGAGACGGACGCUGACCACCACGGGGGACUGCAGUUUGACGUCUCCGCCGAUGACCUCCUGCAGGGGGAGUCAGAGAGCCAGAUGUGUGUGCGGGACUUUGAGGUGGGCCAGAUGCUGGUGCUGAGGAACCCCCUGGAGACGCCCCUGUCUUUCAGGCUGGGGACGCAGCCUCCCUUCUCCAUCCUCCACCCUCAGCCCCGCCCUCGCACCAGCAGCUCCAGCAACCCCCCCAACAGUGACGGGUCGCCCCUGCUGCUGCAGCCGCAGCAGAAUCUGAAGGUAAUGGUGUCCUUUCACUGCUCGCUGGCCCUAUUGGAGCAGUCCCAUCUGAAGGAAGUCCCGCCCACAUCUGUCUCACUUGUCUCACCUGUCUCACCUAUCCGCCGUGGCAGUGAGAAGAGGACCCUGAUUUUCCGGCAAAAACUCCAUAUUCAAUACAGCAACAACAGCCUCCAGGUGGUUCCUCUGUGUGCCCGCCUGGCCGUAUCGGGGCUCCGUCUGUCGAGGGACUCAGUGGACUUUGGCAUGUGCUACGUGGGCCGGACCCAGCUGGCCCACGUCACCCUGCUCAGCCAUGGCACCUGCACUUACUGGAGGGCCAGCCUCGAGUCAAGCGAGGCGGACUCCCAUGCCUUCAGCGUGACCCCUGAGAGUGGGGUCCUCAGGGGCCCGGACCCCGCCCUCACCAGGGGCCAGCAGCAUCUGGAGGUCUGCUUCACUGCCAGUGAGGCGAGGGAGUUCAGAGCCACGCUGACCAUCCACGGCGCUCUGAUCCAGCCCAGCCUGAAGCUUCGUCUGUGGGGCCGCGGAGGCUACGAUGAGGCCCUGGGCUCCAGCCUGGGGUCCUACUGACCACACGUCUCCCUGUAAACGCUCUUUAUACCCACACCUCUGCUUUAUUGAUGUGCCUCAUUUCCCAGUGAAAAUAUUUUUUAGAGCAGUAAAGAAUAAAGUUGUUAUAAAAAGUU